AUGGCAUCCGAACAAACAGCUACCACGGUCGCCAAGGCCGACACUGCCGCCACCGACGAGCCGCUCGACCCUGCCAAGCACAUUGAGGCACACAUUCUGCCCCGGCUCGACAAGGAUGUGGUCGCCUACUAUCUCCGCGAGAUUGUCGCGAAGGCGUCGACGCGGCCGGUCAGCAUAGAGUACAUCCGGUCGCACCCGGAGGAGUUCCGCAACCUGAUUGCGAUUGACACGGGCGAUGGGUCGUUCCCGCGCGUCACGGACUACACCUUGACGUCGGAAAAGGACGGCGCCGCGUUCCCUGUACGCGUGUACCACCCUGAUCCGACGGACCACGGCCCCGGGCCCUACCCGGCGCACCUCAAUUUCCACGGCGGCGGGUUUGUGCUCGGAGAUCUGCACACGGAGGCGCAGCUGUGUCUGAGCAUGCGGGAGGCGGGCGUGGUGGUGGUGGACGUCAACUACCGGCACUGCCCGGAGACGCUCUUUGGCAAGGCCUUUGAAGACGCCUGGGCGGCGUUGCUGUGGACCCGCGCAUCGGCUUCGCUGCUCAACAUCGACCCCGACUCGGUCUCGCUGGGCGGCAUCUCGGCGGGCGCGCACAUUUCCAUUGUGAUGCAGCUGCGGGCGCGCGACGCCGGCGUGCCGCUGCGGCUCGUGAUGCCGACGGUGCCGCCGACGGCCGGCAGCCUCUUUUACCAGUUCUACACCGACGCCCGGCACGCGUCCUUCCACGAGUUCCACCGGUCGCCCAUUCUGCCGUGGGCGCGCGUCCAGUACUUUGCCGACGUGUGCCUCGAAUCGGUGCCGGACGACGUGGCGGGCAUUGCUGUGUCUGCAGACAAGGAGGACAAGGACGACAAGGCCACGAUCCGCCAGAAGCGGAAAGACGCCAUCGUCCGACUCUGGCCGCGGGCGUGGCUCGCCCCGCUGGACGCGACCCGCGCGCAGCUGCAGGGCCUGGCGCCCGCGUACAUCCGCACGGGCGAACUGGACAGCCUGCGCGACGAGGGCGAGGCGUUUGGGCAGGCCGUGGUGGCGGCCGGCGGGCAGGUGACGUUCAAGCGGUACGCUGGCGGCGUGCACACGUUCAUGUACCUCGACUUCAACCGGCAGAAGCGGGCGUACGACAUUGACUCGGUGGUGGCGCUGCGGCAGGCGCACGGGUUUGCGGCACUGCCGCCGGCCGAGGUGGAGGCGCGCGUGGACCGUGUGGCCGCGGCCACGAAAGCGAAGCGGGCAGUGGAAAAGGAGGCUCUGGCGAAGAAGAAGGCGGCGGCGGCGGUGGCGGCCGAUGGUACGGUCGGCGACAAUGCCUACGCGUAG